UAUUUGUUUCCAGGUGAGAUCAGGUGAGAGAGGGAGGAGGAGCCAUAUAUACACCUCCAGGUCUGGGAGCACACGUCAUGACAGGCCACAGUGGAAGAGAAGUUGACUGAUCGUAGUGAACUUGAUGGACGAAUAAUGAGCGUUGAGCCGGAGGGGAUAAAACACAUAGAGAUGGCACAGCAAGAAGAACCUCUGUAUGAUUUCCCAGAGCCCAUCCCAUCAUCAAAGCGCAAGUUCUUGGGGCAUCAAAGAUGUGGCUCUUUGAAAAGCAUCACCAUACUGGACCGCCUUCUGCUCACAGUUCCUGUCUGGCUUCAGCUGUCAAUCAAUCCUGCCACUGCAUUGCACAUACUGCGGCAAGAGCCUCCUGGGACAUUCCUGGUGCGUAAGUCCCGCACGUUCCAGAGAAAUGUGCUGUGUGUGCGUUUGGCAGAUGACGUUAUGCUAUCCUUCGUUCAGCAGUUUGGCAUCAGGGAGGAAGACUCCACUCUGUCUCUGGAGACAUCAGCCAUCAGCUUUCCAGAUCUCCCAAGACUAAUUUCCUUCUACUGUGUCAGCAGAGAUGUAUUGCCUUUUCCUCUGGAGCUUCCUGAAGCCAUUGCAAAGGCAACAUCCCACAAAGAGCUGGAGUCCAUCUCACAUAUGGGAAUAGAAUUUUGGAGUUCCCACUUAAAUGUCCGUGGGCCACGGGAGGCACCUAAGCCCCAAAAGGAUGAGGAGAAGAAACCAGAUGGUGUGACCUCAGCCCCACCCGCUGCUGCUCCACAGACGAGCUCUGAUUCAGCUCCCCUGCCUGACUCAGACCACCAGCUUCAGACAGUACCUGAAACAGACAUUGCCACCAAACAAUCAGCACCUACUCCCACUGUGUUCCACCAGUUCUGUCCAAUCACAACACGCAGCCCAAGAGAGCUGGACUGUGGCUCCAGGCAGGGUGCUCUCGGUUUCCUCAACCCACUUUUCCCACAGUCUCGGAAUACUUUGUCCAGACAACGCAUGUUCAAACACAGCAUCAAGGUGCGAGUUUCCACUGAGACCUCAACUUUGCUGUCACCCCCGCUUGCUCCACCACCUCCACCACCUCUAAUGCCCAAAAGAAAGGGGAGAUGUAAAGCCCAGAAACCAGAAGAAGGAACCAGCCAAUCCAGUAAAGGCCUAGGCCUUUUACUGUGCUCCCAGUCUCCAUCAGUGGCGACUCAGUUUGUGCCUGAGAUGCAGAGACAGGGCCAAGAACAGAAGGAAUCAGACCAGACUCAAGUUGAAGUCAAGGUAGUGGAAGCUACACCUCAGCUGCCAGCAAUAGUAGAACAUGUUGCAGAAGAGUCAGACUACCUUCAACCAUCUACAUUGAUCAGUUUCUCACAUGCUUCCACUCCUGCUUCUUACCUCUCCCCAUUUGUUUCUUCCAUAGCAGCUUACCUUUUCCUCAAAGUGUCUCCACCCCUCUCUCCUCACAACUCUCCCACUGUUUCUCCCUCUCUCUCGCCUUAUCAAUCCCCAUCACUUUCUCCCAAGGUCACCUCUUCUCCCUUUCCAUGUGACUCAGCCAGUGCUUCGCCCUCUCAUUCGCCUUAUCAGUCCCCAUCUCUUUCUCCUAAAGCCCCCUCCCUCCCUUCUCCAUCCCUCUCUCAGGUGGCAGAACAGACUUAUCACACACCUGCUACUCCUUCAAGACCACAUCAGCAAAGAUCAGAGAGAGAGGCUGAGGACGAGGGAGCAGGUGCAAAUGAAAAUAAGGAUGAAGAUGAUGAAAUAACUGAGGAACUGCAGGAAAAGGAGGAGGGGGAAGAUGGUCUGGUUUUACAGAUGAAUACUGCUUCUCUGAAUGGCACUGACAGCUGCAGUUCCUUCAGCAGACUUGAGGGGGCAGCAGAGACUCCACCUUACUCAGCCCACAAUCAGGACUAUGGUACAAGCCUCUAGUGAACAAAUAUUUUAGAAUGUAACUAAACUGCAAUAUGUAGUAUCAUGAAGCACUGUUUAGAAUUACAGAUGACUGGUUUGCUCAAGAACAAAGCAGUACAUUAAAUUGUUUUUUAGUACAAAACCCAAAAUGUACAGGCCAUACUGUUUUGCAGGUUUCACAUAUCUUUUUUUUAAAUUAUGCUCUUUAUUUUCCAAAGCAUAUAGUACUGUUUUGAUAUUUCCUACCUAACAGGACAUGUAGGUCAUCCCUCACAAUCACAAUUACUCUUAAUUUCCUUUG